AUGAAUCCGGUUCUGGUGGUGCUGGCCUGGUCCCUGGUGGUCUCGGUCCGGGCUCAAUCUGAGUCUCAGUUGCAUGAUCACCAGGACAUGGGGUGGAUCAACGGCUACCGUCAAGGUUUCAACUUCCAGUGUCCCCACGGCGAAGCCCUGGUGGCCAUCAGAAGUUACUUCAGCGCCGCCGACGGUUCUGACCGCCUCUGGUCCUUUGAGUGCCAGCCCACGCCCGAGGGGUUGGGACACCCCACCGACUGCUGGUGGGACGACAUCAACCGUGCCGGCCUGGAAUGGACUUCAAAGUGCACCCGUAACGGCUUGGUGGCAGGCGUGCAGAGUAAAUACUUUCCCAGCGUCUUGGACCGAGAAUGGCAAUUCUACUGCUGCUACUACAAACGCCGAUGUCCAUACGACUGCAUGAUGACCAAUGACAUUCCCGAAUACCACCAUGAGGAGGGCGAGCUGGUGAUUCCUAGCUACGGCUUCUUCAUCCGAGGAGCUCAAACCACCUUCAGCGGAGUGCUAAGGGAUCGCCAGUGGAAGUACAUCUUGUGCAGGAUGACCGACUUCGACUGCGAAUUUGAGAAUUUAUAGACGCAUCCAAGGAAGGUGUCGUAAUUACAACCAUGUGGUUACGUUCCGCGGGCCUCGUAUAAUUUACUAGCAUGGAAAAUCCACGUCAAAACAUUUAAACAACAAAAUUUGUGCUCAGUUUCAAGAAGCUGGACAAACUAUUGUUCUAUAACCACACAAUUAAAAGUGUAAUUUCCUUUC